AUGAACGAUGGGAAUAAUAUCAAAGUUGAUCGUGGAAAUAUGUUCGACAAGGAAGAUGAAAGAGAACGCAUAUAUGAAUCUAUAUUUCAAAACAGUGACCAGAGGAAACCUCAGUUUAUUUGUGCAACACAACCUUUAGCCCUGCUUUUGAGCAGGGAUUCUUUCCUUUGCUUUGAUGGCGAUGAUUUAGGUCUUUACUACCCAUGGAGAGGCGUACAUGAGGAGAACAAUUACGAAAAUAACCACCUAGAUGAAGAAUUCAAAAAGUUUCUCCGUAGCAAGGAUGCAUUUAGUGUUCCUCCAAUUCAAGAGCAAAGACGUUUGAUUCUGCUCUAUAUCAGCAAUAUUUAUCCCUUUUAUCCUGUGGUUGAUAGAAAGAGCCUAGAUGACAUCAAAAGUAUUCCUUUAAUAUUAUUGAAUGCAAUUUUUUUAAGUGCAAUUCGAUUUGAUUCAUUACAAAAUGAAAAAGAUAUUCGUCCUAGGCUACACCAUUUUUACCAACGCUGUAAACAAUUAGAACUAUUGGAAACGAAUAAGAUUACUUUGAUUCAGUCGUAUUUACUAUUAUCAAUGCACGAAGAAGGUAUAAACGGAGCUACAUCAUCGAAGGAGUACGUUACUAAAGCUUGCAAUUUAUGUGGAGAAUUAGCUAUCACCAAUAUUAGUGGAUCUAAUGGAAUAUCAAUGUCCUCUAAUCAAGCAGAUCACCUGCAUUCAUCAUUUAAAAAGGUUCUGUAUGGAAAAAACUUUUUGAGAAGACUAUUUUGGGUUUCCUUUUGCUGUGACCGUCUUGUCUCAGCGACCUGUGGGAGGGAGAUGUACUAUAAUGUUGCUGAUUUGAUGAUUGAUGAAUUAACUUUAAUCGACUUUAAUGAAGGAGAGUAUCAGCAGUCUGACUAUAUGAUAUUUCGAUCUUGGAUACGUAUUUGUCGGUUAAUUGAUCGUAUUCAGUGUUCUUUAUAUCGCCCUCCAAAAAACAGGACAACGAAUGAUUGGACACUAGAAGAGGACUUAUUUAGCUUCGUAAUUGACGAUGCAAACCUUAUAGAAGUCAAGUUCCAAAAGUUUUUGUUAUUAUCCCAUGCAUAUGUCUGCAUAUUAUAUCUUCGUUCCAAAGUCGAUGCCAUGUCGUUAAUGGUCAACAGCAUUGAACUUAGUGGUGAGCAAGUCAAGUCAAGAGGCAACUACAUAGAUCAGAUUCAUUACUAUUCCUCUGAAAUCGUGGAAAUAGCUGAAUCAACGGAGGUUAUACAUCACAUUCUAGUCGUUCACGCAAUAGUUCAUGUCAUUGCUUUAAUGCAACUUGAAUCCAAGACAUACAUUAACGAAAGGGAUAAGGCAAAAACGAAUUUUGGCCUUUAUUUUAGCGAAAUGAUGAACAGAUGCGCUGCACUACUAGAAAGGAGUAGAGGAUAUUGGUGGUUUGCUGGGUCAGCUCUUCGUCUUUGUAAAGUAAUAUUUUCAUACGAUGAUUCUGUAUCGCAUAAAAUACAGUGA